UUUGGUGUUUGAGUUGAGAGUAGGGAGGGAGGCAAGGCAAGGGUUGUAAUGUUAUCCACAAGGACCAAGAGAAGCUAAUAAUUAGUGAAGCCAUGGAAAUGAGCAGCUCUGCACUCGUCUCCUUUUCUGCUUGUUCUCACCUGACAAAACCUCAAUUCUUCUCCUUCAAUUCCAUCUCUUUGUUAUCUUCCACUUGUUCUUCUUCUACAAAUAUUAUAUCCACUCUUAAUUUUAGUAAUAACAAUAGUAAUUCACCAAGAUUUACGUUCCUUCGCACUAACGCCAUUGCUCUCCAUGCUCUCACCACUCCUGUUUCUCAACAAAAUGAUGACAAUGAUGAUAGUAAACAGCUGCCCCACUUGCCUAAAGUUGAUAAGAGCGGAAGGUUUUGCAGUCCCAGAGCCGCCCGAGAACUUGCUCUGUCUAUUCUAUAUGCUGCCUGCCUACAAGGUUCCGAUCCUGUUCGUCUUUUUGAGAAGCGUGUAAAUGCUAGAAGAGAGGCAGGAUAUGAAUUUGAUAAAGCGGCAUUGAUGGAGUAUAAUCAUAUGAGCUUUGGUGGACCCCCGGUUUCUGCAGAUACUAUUGAAGAAGCUGACAGGCUUAUGCAAUGUGAUAUGAAGGUAUCUGAAGUGGAAGCAGAGGUCCUUUCAGCUCCUCCAAAGUUGGUCUACAGCAAACUAAUCUUACGCUUUACACGAAAACUGUUGGUGGCAGUUGUUGAGAGCUGGGAUAGUCACGUGCUUGUGAUUGACAAAGUCGUCCCACAGAACUGGAGGAAUGAACCAGCUGGCAGAAUAUUGGAGCUUUCUAUUCUUCACCUAGCUAUGGCUGAUAUAUCAGUAUUAGGCACACGCCACCAAAUUGUGAUUAAUGAGGCUGUUGAUCUCGCAAAACGCUUCUGUGAUGGGGCAGCUCCUCGCAUAAUCAAUGGAUGCCUCAGAACAUUUGUAAAGGAUCUUGAAGAAACAGGUGUUCAACAGGGUUUAGUAGCUAAGCAGACCAAUUAAGCUUUAUAUUAGGAUUAGAUAAAGUUGCCUAUCCGUUUUCAACUUGAGGACAAGAUGAAAAUCUUAUAUUAAAGAAUCACAAGAGUGAAAUACGAUUUCACCUUGAAGCGAAUUCCUCCUGAUAAGAGUUAAGGCUACAAGUCUACAAGACUACCACCAAGUGUAAGCUUGCAACAGGAGUUGGUGAUACUUGAGGUGUUGUAUAUUUUGGUGGUAAAUGCAUUUGGAAAAUGGACAUGUUGAUGUUGUAAUUCAGGCUUUCAGUGUAGUUAAUAUAGCUUUUGGAAUUCCGAUGUAAGUGAUUCAUACAUAUAUAUAGAUUUAGAGAUGGAAUCAGGCAGCA